UUGUAUGAUUAUCAUGAGAAAACUGUAUACAGAUUAUUAACUUAAUGCCUUUCCCGUUCCUAACUUACAUUCCCUGGUUCUCACCAUGUGCUCUUUUCUCACAUUCUUUCUCUGACUGAUAAACGUUAUCAUAAACACUCAUUCUUGCUACAAGAACUUUGUACCACAGAACAAACAGGUCCGAUUUGUCUGUGUUUGACCAAUCAGCUUGCUUGUUUAUGAGAGAUCCAACAAAGUGAACCUUGUGAUUUGUCAUUCAUUCUGAAACUGGACAGCUACAUGCGGUCAUCAUGAACAGAGCAUGGGUUUUGUUCAAAUCCCACCCAUACAUCUCCAAUGUGGUGGGAUACACAACGCUUUUUGCCACAGCAGACCUCAUUCAGCAAAGCAUGAUGGGAAAAGCUCAGGACAAAGGGACAGUUCACAUACCGGAUCCAGUGGGACAAGAAGAUACCUCCAACACUACCACUGAAGAAUUUCCUGUGGCUGGAGAAGCAAACGCAGAGGAUGAUAGCAAAAUAAGGGCUCCAGUUCAACAUGCUCCUCAGCAACACAGCAUCGACUGGGCCCAGACUGCUCGGGUAGCACUGGUUGGCUUCUGUUUUCAUGCCAACUUCAAUUACCAUUGGCUACGGGGGCUGGAGAGGAUGUUUCCAGGAGGAGGGAUCAGAAGAGUUUCACUUAAAGUGUUUCUGGACCAGCUAUUUGCAGCCCCUAUGACAAUAAGUGCUUUCUACAUUGGGCUGAGCACAUUGGAGGGCGCAGAGGAUCCCCUUGAAGACUGGAGAACUAAAUUUUGGAGCUCUUAUAAGACUGGAGUUGUGUAUUGGUCAACAAUGCAGGCUGUGAACUUCUCGCUGAUCCCACCGGUGGCUCGUACUGUUUUUGUUGGAGGAGUCGCUCUUGGCUGGACUGUCUUCUUGUGUCAUUUCAAGCAACAGAAGAGUGACUUCCUGACUUAGGCUUUAUUCUGCAGCUGCUUGGCUUUGAAUUUAGCCAAAACAUGGGCUGGUCUUUAAUCAACAUAUGCAACAUAUUGUCUCCAUUUUUACUGACAGCCAGUAGUGUAUUGAACCCAGAUUUAGAAGCAUACCUCACAGUAAAAGAAAAGGUGUUCAAGUGUUUCAGGAAAAGAAGAACAGAAACCACAAGGAUCCAACUCGAAAUGAAAUCGUUGUUGUAUGAAGUCACUAACUGGGUAAAUCCUAAAGAUGAUUUUGUAAUGAGUCUCCUUGACCUUUGGAGCAACUGGGUAUUCCACAUAAUGGGUAAAAGCUUUGUCCUUUACCAAGGUUUUUAACUUCUCCCAGAAAAUAACACUGAUAAUCACCAGUGAUAAUGUGUUUAAGUUCUUUGUAAAUACAUUUGUUAUCACACUUACUCUAUAAAAGGUCAACAUUACAUAUUUUCAAAGAUUAAAGAGAAAGGUCUAAAUAAAAGAUCAGAAAACCGCUUUGGAUUAUUCUUAACAAUCCAGUGGGUAUAGCAUUGCAUACCUUAUUAAAACCUUUUAUUGUAAUUCUAACUCUGUAUUUAUUAAUGCCAUUAUCAUCUAAUAAAUCACGAAUAGCAAUAAUACCA